AUCGUUUGCGAACGACCCAUCACUCUCAGACAAAAGAUCCUCGCCAGACACAGACAUCUGAGCACCUUGGAGACAGCAGAGCACUCACACACGCACGCACACACACCGAACACAAUCGAACCUUCACACGCUGCCUUUAUUGUCCAGGAUCAGCAAGCAGAAGAGGGUCCACUCGCACGCAGUGUUUCAAUGAUGUCAUACCUGUGGAUUCUGCUCGUGGGAAGCUUGCUGGCUGGAUGUGCAAAUACACAAGAUGAUGAAACCCCAAUGGAGGAGGCUACAGCCCCUGCAACCUUAAUGCCUGGUAGUGAGGUGCAAGCAGAAAUAGAGGCCGAUGGAGCAUCUGAAGAUACAACCGAGAAAGCACUAACAGAUGGGCUCGAACCCGAGCUGACUGAAGCUGCAGCCCGUGAAGAAGUGAACCCUGCCGAGGGAGAAGCAGAACCGGAGGCUCCUUCAGAGGUAGACCCAGAGCCAGGACUUCAUGCUGAGGUGGAGCCAGAACCGGAGGCUCCGGCAGAAGAAGCCAAACCAGAAACUCCCGCAGAAGAAGAAGCAGACUCCCCCGUAGUAAACAAAACGGAAGCUGCUGCAGAAGGAGAAGGAGAACCGGAAGUUCUUACAGAAGGAGAAUCUGAAACAGAAGCUCCUGCUACAGAGUCUGAAGACGCUACAACAACACAAGGACCUGCAGCUGAUCCAGAAGUGAAAGAGCCGGAAGCUGAGCCGCACAUUCCCAAUGUGGACGAGCAGCCCUCUGCCAGCACUGAAGUACCACCUGCACGCGAGGAGCAGGGUGGAUCUGAAGUGGACGAUACAGCUGUGCAGCAUGGAAAGGAAGAGCCGGCUGCUGCGGGCGACGAGGGAGAAGCGGCGGUGAACACAGAAUUGGAGUUCACAACAGUGGCACCUCCUGCUCCAGAAGUUCACUCAGAUGGAGGAUUUGACUUGGAGGAUGCGCUGUCAGCAGGCGGCGCACAAGACACGCCACCGCAAUCAGGGCGGAGCCACAGCGCUGGAUCAGGGGCACACGUUGCUGAAGCCACAGGAGAAGUUGCUGAAGAUGAGGAAACCAACUCAGGCUCCUUGGCAGCAAUCCUGUGUGCAAUGGGCGUGGCCGUUGUGGGAGCAGCCACUGGAUAUUAUACCUAUCAGAAGAAGAAACUGUGCUUCAGGACAAUGCAGGAGGAGGAUCCAGAGGCUGCACGCAAAGCUGACGCAGGGGAGGUUCAAUCAGAUCCCCAGGUCCUUAGCAACCUACUGAACUCUUCUUAGAGCGGCCACGGUCAUGUGACAGGACCUUGACCAAGCACAUUCAAGCAAAGUGACGAUCUCACUGUUCUAGGCUCCAUCUGCACUGUGGAACUACGUUACUGUGAGGCCCGAAUGUGGGGCUGUAUGUAUGUGUGUGUGUGUGUGUGUGUGUGUGUGUGUGUUUAUUCAUUAACACAGUAUGAGCAACAAAACGUGCAAAUUGUGUUACAAUCGGCCAGACUUUAUAGUUAAAUUAAUAGUAUACUGAAACUUUAUAAAAAUAAAUGAUAUAAUGGUAGAUCUUUGCCUCCCGCCCAUUUGUAGGAAUUUCUUGCGAACGUUUUCCGUUUUUUUAUAAAACUGAUGUCUUUUUUAUGCCGAUUCUACAAUUCUAUCUGUGCGACAGGUUUGAACUAUUUCAAAGCAGCCACUACAUUCUCUUUAACCAACUCCAAUGAUUCAACAAGAAAAAGAUACAAAUAAUACUCUUUAACACUUUGUGACGACACAAAGAUGACAUGUGUAUUAUUUGUUUAGGAAUUGAAGUUAAUUUUUUCUGAAACCAAAACAAAAACAUGCAAAGCACACUGCUACAAUGCACAUGUUAAGUGGCAUCUGUAAAGCCUUGCUUUUCAAACAACUGAGCCCAGUAGCACAAGUAGUUAGUGAACGGACAACAGGGUGCUGCUGACACUACCUGCAUUCUGGCAAAGAGCACUAGAUUAGGAUUAGGAAGAUAUGAAUAUGCAAAUGCAGCGGCAAACUGAUAAGAUAACUUCGGUUACGUUUGAAGACAAAAUUAAUAGAUUUCUACUUCAUAUCGUGAAAAAGUAAACAAUAAGAGACUGGGUUUUGGGGCUGAGAGGAGCUUUUCGAAGCUUUGAACCCUGCGGCUAAUCUAUGGAUUUUACUUCGCUAACAGAUAACUGUAGAAUGGAUUAAGCAAAGAAAUCAAACAAUGUACUAAAAGGAUCCACUAUAAGAAACAGUUCAAACUCAAAGUGUUUACACAUUCUGAUAAAAAUAUUGAAGUUUAAUAAAAAAAGGCGAAAAUCUUAUUCAUCUCAUUAAGAAUGAAUAUAGUCAUCAGUGACUUUUGUGUUUUGUUUGAUCAGCCGUUAUACUGCCUUGUUACAGGCAUUCUUUGGAAACCAUUAAGGUAUGUAAAUAAAUAUUUACAAAAUCUUUCUAAAUAAAUAUCUUAAUUUACAAUGUACCAGUAUACAUCUGCGGUUUAUAGUCUGGUGCAGCUAAUAUAUGAAAAAAAAAUGUUUUUCUUUGAAAAUUUAGUAGACACGGUUUAUAUUCUUGUGUGGCUUGUAGUCCGGACAAUACGGCAAAUUAUAAUAAAAUCUUUUCAAAACAGGUUACAGGUUUCAAAAGAUACUCUUGCCUGCUGACAUACACGCGGUGUUUCGUCUAAAAACACCUCUUUAAAAAUGUAUUUUAAAAAUUGUAUUUAAAAAAAAAAAAUCACUGAAUUUUAAUCAAGAGAAUAAGAGAAAAUAGAGCAACACCAAUACUUAGGAUACAAAUUUACAAAGCAAUUGAGAAUACAUACAAGUACAAUACUUAUUAAAUACAAUGCUAAAAAUUUACAAAAGCAACAGUAAAAUAUAUCAAUAAUAGCUGUUAAAUGUUUUUAUCCAAAAAUUUACUUAAAAAAAGCAACAAAAAAUAGUUUUUUCUUUUUUUUAAAUCAAUUCUUUAACUUUUUUUUAAUUGAUUUUGAUUCAAAUUAAAUAAAAAUUGCGACUUGAAUGUACAUCUAUUUUUUUAGCUACCCCUACUAAAAAUGUCAUGUUUUGCCACAUUCAAGGGUCAAUAUCACAAAACAAGUGGCCUUUUUGACCACCGAUUAAAUGGCUGACAGCAUUGUUAUUGGGGAUGGAAAAUAAUCAUAAAAAAUAUUUUUGGGCUCUUGACCAGUACAUUUGGGAAACCCUGUGAAACGAAAACAUUUUAACAUUUUAUGCCUUGAUUGGUGCCAAGGUGUAUCAAAAGGUACAAAUCUUGUAGGACUGUUAAACUUGUAGAUUGUGCCUUUCGACAGUAGCCUAGUGUCCCAAUACUUUUUAUCCAUAUGGUUGCAUUAUAGGACAUUUUAUAAACUGAUGGUUAACUUACUGCAACUCAAUUUUUUCAGUUGUUUCAAUUAAUUUUUGUAUUAUCUUUUGCAUGAGGUGAUGAAAGCUCUCCCGACAUAUUUGACAUAUUGUGACGUCCGUGAGUCUAGUUGUGAUGCGCUGGUUUGUCCGUUAGAAUGCCUUUUACUGUCCCAGCCUGGCUUGUCCCACCUGUAGACACACUGAAUGUCUCUAAAAUUGCCAACAGACAGACACUAAUAGCCACAGCAAUAUUGGUGCACCUGCAUUUUUUUAGUGUCGUGCAAUGCAGUCUGCGUUUUUUUUAUUUAAGAAAAAAUUGUACAUUUUUUAGCAUUGAUAAAGACAAAAUAAAGUCUUAAAACCAUUGGUCGAGAAAAUGUAUUGUAAAAAGGGGAAAUGUGUGGUAUUAUAUGCAGCACUGUUCAGAAUGUGCAGUAAAAAGCCUCAAAAGCUGAACAAUGCUGGUUGACUUGUUCUAAGUUCAAAACAAAUCUGGCCAUAGCAAAUAAUGUAAAGUGAAUUGACGUUUUCCAGUGUCAAACUGUGGCUAUCAUAUACAAAGCAAUGUUUAAGGUAACGUUAAAAAUGUAACAACAAAUAAUGAAAUAAAACAAGGAAGGAAUGUGUUUGCAGGGCAAUAGUGACCCCUAGUUGUGCUUAUUAAGGCUGUGAAUCUUUGGACACCACUCAAUUUAAUUCGAUUCGAUUCUUGGGGGUAACGAUCUGACUCCGAAUUGAUUCUCGAUUCAAACAGAUUCUCGAUUAAAAAUCUAUACUUUUUUAAUCACUUUGGUUGCCAAUUCUAUUAUUAACUGCAUUCCUCCAUAAAAUAAACAAACAGCUCUGAUACAUUUUUAUAUUACUUAAAAGAAAGCUGGUUUUGUUUAACAAAAUUAUACCCAAACAUUUAAUAAAGUCUAAUACAAAUAAGGCAACAAGAGAAGUAUCCAACACUUUUAUUUUCUAAAGUAAAUCCUUACAGCCGAUAUGGACCUCUACAUCAGAAUCAGAAUCAAAAAUACUUUAUUAAUCCCCUAGGGGAAAUAAAGAUUUUCAGCACAAUCUUAUUCAAGAGCAGACAAACAUUACAGGGAGACAGAACAGGAUCACUGAGGGGUCUGCCAACUUCCGGCGCCCCUUACAAAAAAGGUGAGAAACAGGUAAACGCUGAGGGGGGUGAGAAAAAAAAAAAAUCAGUCUAAGUCUGGGCCCCUGGAGAGGGGGUCCAGACUGAGGCCAAGGGAAAAAAAACUCAUAGCCCUAGCACACAUAAGAAUGUGUGUAAGAGGGAAACAUCAAACACAAAGGACAUUAAAGACAUUAAAAGAGCAUAGCUGACGCAACCAGCCAUUUCUACAUACAGCUACAAAAGUAAAACCAACAACAACAAAAAAUACAUAUACGCUGUGGUGGCCUCUGCGGUGUUCUACGCCAUCAUCUGCUGGGGUGGGGGGGAGCAUGGCCAGAGACAGGAGCAGACCCAACAAAGCAACAUCAACAAUAUGAUUUGCCUGAGUGACUGGACAGGACAGUUAAAAAAAAUACAUCAAUAAAAUAUAGAUUGUACAAAUGAGUAAACUGUAAAUCCCUCCAAAUGUCCUUACAGUAUGGUCUGUUUCCUGUUCUAUGGUUAUCAUCACACUUAUUCUCUUUCUCUUUGACCUAUACCUUUUUGUAGUGGCAUCGCAAAAAUCCCUAGAAAAAGCAAAAUAGUUAAUCUUUUACAGCUUAUCCAAUGUUUGUUUGACAGGAAAACGUGACCACUUUUGGAGUUAGUGGUUUUUUUUUAGUGUUUGAUGCACAACACAAGUGCACACAACAGCAUACCCACAACAACGACGUAAACAAUAUGCUAUAAGAUAGCGUUGUGAGUGCACCAAUAUUGUUCUCGAGGAUGGUUUGGAAUUCUAACGGACGUCAUCGAAGUGUGCCUCUUUAUUUAGAGCAAGCCAGCUGCUGUUUGUCUUUUCUACCAUAAUAUCACAUUAGUCAGUUCCUAUAUGUACGCUGUAUUAUAUACGUGACGCCUGUACAUGCUUUGUGUGUGAUUGUUCUUGUAGGAAACACUGCCUUAGAUGCUUCAUUAUAAAAGAGUCAAAAAAAACGUUUUCCCUAUACUGUAGCAGGAAAUACUGACAUCUAAAUGUGUGUUCUUUCCGUGGCCUUACACAUGCCGUGGUCCCUUUAAAAACGGCUUAAUGGUUACUGAGGGCGUUCGUGUUGCGUGUUGUCAUUUAUUAAGCUGCAAAACAUGACAGGGGCUGCUACUCAGUCUUUCCGCAAUUAUGUGUAAUGUGGAGAACAUGUCCAUUAAAAUCACACUUACUAUAAAACAGUGUUCAGUAUAUAUGGCGGGCAUUUGACAACAAUUCUUUUAUUGACAUUUAAAUGUAUCAUUUUGAUACUCCUCUGCUUUCAUGGCAUUAAGGCCCAAUGAAUCAAUCAUUUCUCCAUCAGUUAAUGGAUGAUCAUGCAUGGUAGUGCUGCCUUCUUCAUUAUCCAAACAGCAAAAACUAAGAUUGUGCAUGACAAGAAUUUAGCAAAACAGUCUCACGAAGAGGGAAUCAUUUUCAACAUUUCUGACUUACACCCGAUCAUUUUUAUAUGAAUAUUCUGUGUUUUUCAUGUCAUCAGGCAUUGGUGGAGUUGUGUAAAUAAUGUUUUAAAAGUUGAAAUAAACAUGUCGGCUGUC